GUAAACUGUACAUCACUACAAUAGUACCAAAAUAAUAUUGCUUAUUCACGAAGGCAAUGUGGAAGUAAUUGUAAAUAAAUUUGCCCACAGAAUCUAGAAAUGGCCACACAAAAAGGGAAUCCAGUGUUUCUUCGAGGAGUUGAUGAUGAUGAUGAUGAAACAUGGGACGACACUGCCCUGAUCAAAGCAUAUGAUAAUGCAAUAUCUUCAAUGAAGGCCCAGAUGUUUGGAGAAUCUCAUGAUGAUGCCACAGAGAAGAACUCUUCAAAAAGAAAACAUAAAAAGAAUAAACGGAAACAGAGACAACAAAAACAGACAAGCAAAAAACAGGAGUGGAGUGUAGGAGAUCUAUGCCAAGCAGUGUUCAGUGAGGAUGGGAGUGUUUAUGAUGCUGUCAUCAAGGACAUUGAUGAAUCUACUGGAACUUGUACUGUUCUUUACAUUGGCUAUGGAAAUGAAGAGGAACAAGUGUUGGACGAUCUAACUGUAAAAGAAGAAAAAGAAAAACACAAGUCCAGUCAUAGACAAAGACAUCACUCUGUUACAUCUGAGGAGAGCACUAACUCCAAACAGUCCAACAACCAACAAACACCAUCCCGACCCCCUUUCUCCUGGUCAGGUGCGCCAUCUAGUGGUACAAUGCCCCCUCCACCCCCACCUUUCAACAUGCCAGCAGCAGCAGGUUAUGGUGCUCCCAGCAUGCCUCCUCCUCCAGUCUUCCCAGGGUGGCCUGGGACUGCAGUACCUCCACGAUUACCCAGCAUUCCUCCUCCUCCCAUGAUGCCAUUAAUGUCUGACCUCUCUCAGGAUGAUACUGAAGCUUUGUGCAGUAUGCUGAUGUCAUGGUAUAUGAGUGGUUACCAUACGGGUUACUAUCAGGGACUAAAAGAAGAUCGAACUGCCAAAAAUAUUCAUCAAACCAAUAAACAUGGAACUAGAUAGCAUUAGAUAUUCAGGGCUCAUCUUAAAGUGUGCCUGUACAACAUUAUAAUUGUAAUACAGUUAAUAUGUGCUCUUAUUGUACAUAUGCAUUCACAACCCCCCGGUCACAACCAGUAUGCAACAUUGUACAUCAUAAGAACUAUCAUAAGGACAU